UUUUGACAGUGUUUCCUGCCUUGCUGACUCUACGUCCCUCUCAGACAUCACGUUUGAUGGCAAUCCAAUAGCUCAAGAGUCAUGGUACAAACACACUGUCCUUCAGAACAUGAUGCAGCUGCGCCAGCUAGACAUGAAGAGAAUCACGGAAGAAGAAAGGCGUGUGGCAUCUGUUGUAGCCAAAAAAGAGGAAGAGAAGAAGCGGGAGAGUCAAAAGCAGUCACUCCUGAAGGAGAAGAAAAGGUUAACAAUUAACAACGUGGCUCGAAAGUGGGACUUGCAACAUCGAGUGGCUAACAUCGCUGCAAAUCAAGCUAGAAAGGACCCGGACGCUCCUCCCCAAGACCCCUGUCCACUCGACGGAGGCCCCAUCUCUGCCCUUCCUGAGGACGCUGGGUCUGUGGACGCAGGGCUCGAGGGUUCUCUGCAAGACUUAUCUGUCAUAGACUCACACCUCGUGGAGGUGGAGGGGGACACACUGUCGCUGUAUGGAUCAGGAGCCCUGGAGUCCCUGGAUCGGAACUGGAGCAUGCAGACAGCAGGGAUGGUCACCACUGUCGCCUUCACGUUCAUAGAGUUUGAUGAAAUCGUGCAAGUGCUCCCCAAACUGAAGAUGAAGUUCCCCAACUCCCUGCACCUUAAGUUCAAGGAGACGAACCUGGUGAUGCUACAGCAGUUCAACGCACUUGCACAGCUCCGCCGCAUCGAGCAGCUGACAAUCGACCCUCAAGGAAACCCAGUGGUCAAUUUUACACUCUGGAAAUACUACGUACUGUUCAGACUGAGUCAUUUCAGCAUGCAGAAGAUCAAUGGAACCGAGGUGACACAGAAUGACAUGAUCAUGGCAGAAAGGCUCUUUGGGGUCCUGGCUCACGUGGCCUCUUCUGAGUUACCGCAGUACCGUCUGAUCUCAAUUCUGGGCGAGGCCAGAAAAAAGCAAUUCCGGUAUCUACUAGACACCAAAGGGAAAAAGCCCUGUAUUGUCAGUGAAGAGAAUAAUGACAGCAAAAGACUUGUGGGAGAAAACACAAACCGUGCCACCCUGAACUACACCACUAGAGAGUUUUACAACGAGAAGCUAGAGGAGAUAAAGGAAAAAAAGAAAUUCUGCAAGGUGUAUGUAGAAGACCUUGUAAAAGAAGCCGCAGAGAUCAACAUGAAAAGCGAAGCCUUGCAGAAGCUUUGGCCGCAGAUGUUCAUCGAGCUGGUGAGGGACGCCGUCAUAGAGGUUCACAACAAGAACUCCUACAUGAAGUUCUGCCUGCAGCAGGUCACCGACCGCAAGUAGCAAGAGCCUCAGGCCAGUCCACUUGGGCAGCUUUGUUAUUUUUAAGGCUGGAAAUGCGAAGUUGAACAUGUCCGAGACAACAGCGCUAGCCUCCAAACAGAAAGAUUAAUAUCAGAGCACCAUUGCCCCCAGUUCCAGAGUGAAGCUAGAAGGAAAGGCGGAGGCUUGUUUCCUGCAUGUGGACACGAGCAGCCUUUGCAAACAGCGUGUCGGGUGGCUUGGUGUUAGGUCAGCCAUGCAGCGAUGGGUCCUGCUCUCCUUGCACCCUGCUGAAGGGUCAGCAUAGGUUGCUUCUACUU